UAUACCAACGUGCGCUCUUUCGUAGCACAGAACAACAUUUUUGACAUCUGUGUUUAUAUAUACAACUGCAUUCAAUAAAUCUAAAGCAAUUUUUUUUUCGUUAUGUAAGAGAAAUCUGAUAUCAAGACAAGAUGACAAGCCUGGCUGUUAAGCCAAAAGAUUUGGCUUUCCCGGCUGAUUUCAAACUUUAUGGAGGUUCCUCGGGAACUGGUAAGCCAAAAUCAGACUAUAAAGCAGAUGCCGAUGUGAAAAAACCGCUCAUUUCGAAGAACUUGAAAGUGGAAGUCGUUUCCCAGCAGACGAAAGCAGCGCCCAAACCACCAAAACAACCUAAAUACAUAGUGAACAGGGUGUCUUCGCACUCCAUGCAGAAUGACCUCUCUCGCAUUGUGAGUGAGGUCAGCAGGGGUCAACGGACUAACAUAGACCACUUCACUAAAGGUCAUCUCAAUGAACGACAUCUCAACGCUAUGGUGCCACCACAACUAGGGGAUAUUGAACCGAAAUGGGGUGACAAAUACUCGAAACCACUGCCGCCAAAAAACACCAAAAAAGUGAACAAAAGACCUUCAAGGUCAUCAAAUGACUACAAAAACAUGGGUCAUGCCCUACAAGAGUUCGUAAUGCGAACGGCAGGAGCAAACAACUUACUCUCGACCGUUUUUGAAGACGAAGAAAAACAAACGUCGCGUUCUUCAAAACCGACAACAAGCUCUGCUAAACCGAGAAAUGAAAAGUCAGAUGAACUCGAAAUCACGGAACUUGAAGACAAUGCAAUUCCUCGAAACGAUGAAGUACCCGAAACGGACAGAAAAUCUUACAUGUCGGACGAAGAUUUGGGAAUCUACGAAGCCGAAAACUCGACUAUUCGGGAUGCAUCUGUUGUUCACGAUCCAAAACCAAAUCUGGGAAGUCGUUGGAAUCUAGCGCCUCAAAUCGAGGAACUUCAACCAGGCGAACUGAAGUUACCCAAAAUUGAGGUGUAUAAGAAACCGUCGCAUUCCCCAACACCCCCAGGAACUCCAGGGGAGGGGAUGAGUAAAUUUCUGACGUCACAUUUCUACGGGGCGACUAAGAAGGAUCAGUUUUCGGGUCUGACGAGAUUCCAGGGACGAGUUAUGAAUUUUGAUACGCAUGAAGUGAAAGUCGUUUCCAACAGUAUGGCUGCAAAAUACUACAAAGACAAAUUGAAAAAGCUGUUGACGUCUCUUCCAUCGCGUACAAUGCGUUCCCCCGGUCCCAAUCUGGAGAAGGUGUUUGCCCACGGGAGAGUGUGGGACGACCUAAUCAAGGACUCUCCCAUCUUCGGACCCGUGCUCACUGUCAUCAAGAAUGAGUACGACAAUUACCUGCGUCACUUAGCUGUGAACGAGAGAAGAAAACUGGAGUCUGGCUCUCUGGAAAGCGAAGUGACUGGACUACUCACAGCCGGCACUUUUUUACCCAUGCCGGCCCACUCGGCCGAAGCGGCAAAUAGCCGAGGAGGUGUGAACAGUUUGGAUGGCGGUAGUGGUGACGUAAUAGAGGAGGAGGAGUUGCGUAACAGCGAGAUGGAAAAUGAAAUUGAGAUGAUACUGCAAGACAAUAAAGAUUUGCACGAGCAGAUCAAGUCUUUAAAGCGACGAGUCGAGGCGAAGAAAGAGAUCAGAAGACAGUCGCUCCUGGGAGAGCCCCCAACCAGCAGCGAAGGUUCCGAUGGCCAAAUUGGAUUACACCAAGAAGAUGAACAGAAUAUUCCGAGUGGUGGUGUUAGUAAAAUGAGCAGAGCCGAACUGCUUUUGGGGCUCAAGGAAGAGAUAGUUGCAAGUAUGGAGAGAAUAGAUUCGAUAAGACAGGAGAUGAAACACGACAUGGUUCCCAAAGCACUCACCCACUCAAUCAAACAACUAGCACAACAGGACCAGAAGAAGAUAGAGAGGUAUGGUGAACUGUGCGAGCGAGUGAUCGAGACCUCUACUGAGGUGGGCAAAGAGUUCAAUGAUCACCUGUCCAAAGCUGUCAUCUCUCCCAUAGAAAUAAAAAUGUUAUGGCGCAAACUGAAAACAAUGAAUGUGGCUGGGAAGUAUGUUUUAACGAGUGAGAGACCAACGAUGUCCUCCGAAGGAACUGUUGUCAUUCCUGAAUCGACCAAUCAGAAGCUAGAAGAGGCUGUUAAUAUUAGCCAAUCAGACAUCGAGGCUGUAAAUGUGGAGCAACAAUUUGAGGAUCAAAUCAGUCAAUCAGCGCCAGCUGCAUUCGAAGCCAGGCCGGAAUCGAGCAAACGAGAAGAUUUUGAUUUCUACUUCUGAAUCGAUGGACUUGAAAAAAUUGUAUUUAUCAUAGCGCCAAUACAGAAAGACACGAAACAAACAAAAGUAUUUGAGAGGGGGUAAUUUAGUCUAAAUGCUCCAUAAAUUUUUCAAGCCAGAGGACAAUUUUAAUUAAGAAA